UGCCACUCUACAUCAAGCUGGGCCAGGGCCUGUGCUCCUUCAACCACCUGCUGCCGCCCGAGUACAUCAGCACCCUGCGCGUGCUGGAGGACCAGGCCCUCAAGCGGGGCUACGGGGAGGUGGACGAGCUAUUCCUGGAGGAUUUCCAAGCCAGGGCCAACGUGCUCUUCCGGGAGUUCGACUACCAGCCCGUGGCCGCGGCCAGCCUGGCCCAGGUGCACAAGGCCCGGCUGCAGGACGGCACCCUGGUGGCGGUGAAGGUGCAGUACAUCGACCUGCGGGACCGGUUUGACGGGGACAUCCGCACGCUGGAGCUGCUGCUGCGCAUCGUGGAGUUCAUGCACCCCAGCUUCGGGUUCAGCUGGGUGCUCAAGUCAGAGCCAGGCCUUGUUCCCC